UAUCUACUACUGCAGAUGGGGUCUGAUUACUACCAGUGUGGAGGUUCCAUCAUAAGUGAGAGAUACGUUUUGACAGCGGCGCAUUGUCUUACAGGUAUAACAAGAAUUUACAUCAGAGCUGGUAGUACUCUAGCUGACAGUGGCGGCACCCAGUACAACACCACAAAAUAUAGACAGCACCCAUUUUAUAAUCCAAUGAAUAGCGAUUAUGAUGUUGGUCUGAUAAAUGUUCCUAAUGGAAUCACACUGGACGGAGUUAACACAAGAGCUGUUCCACUACCAAAAGCUGGAACUACAAUAAAAAAUGGUACCAAUGUUCUUGUGACGGGAUGGGGAGAUACUACUGAGAACGGUCGGGUAAGUGAAAAUUUGAUGGGCGUACAAGUGCCAACUAUAUCUAACGAGGACUGCCGCAGGUCUUACUCCACACUUACAUCUCGACAAUUUUGUGCUGGUGUACCCGAAGGAGGCAAGGACUCUUGUCAGGGUGAUUCUGGAGGUCCGGCAGUGGAAACCGAUACUGGAACUCAACUCGGAAUAGUAUCCUUUGGAACGGGCUGUGCUCGACCAGGGACUCCUGGGGUGUAUACUAACGUGCCGAAAGUAAGAAGGUGGAUCAAAAGGAACUCAGAUGUGCUUGGUAAAAGUCACCAUAAGAGCAGUCAAACGGACGGUGGUAAAAUAGUUGGUGGUUACGAAACCACUAUUGAAAGUUUUCCGUAUCAAGCAUAUUUACUUUUGGAAAAGGGGGACCAAUAUUAUCAAUGCGGGGGCUCGAUCAUCAACGAAUACACAAUUCUUACUGCGGCACACUGUUUAACUGGCAUCUCUAAAGUGUAUGUAAGAACUGGUUCGUCUGUAGCGGGGGCUGGUGGAACUAUGUCCGUCUCCUACAAUUUCACACAACACCCGAACUAUAAUUCGCAGACAAGCGAUUAUGACGUUGCAAUCGUAAGACCGUAUACACCAAUAAAACUAGAUGGUAAAAAAACAAAAGCAGUUCAAUUAGCGAAAAAAGGAUCAGCCAUUGCACCUGGCACCAAAGUUGUUGUGUCAGGAUGGGGAACUACUUCUGAAAACGGUGAUACAAGCGACGAUUUAAUGGCAGUUGAAGUGCCUACAGUUUCUAACGAACAGUGCCGUAGAUCUUACAGAACCCUUACAGUAAGAAUGUUUUGCGCUGGCGUUCCUGAAGGCGGGAAGGAUUCUUGUCAGGGAGAUUCUGGAGGACCUGCUGUAUCAAAAGCGUCUGGUAUCCAGCUGGGUAUUGUAUCUUUCGGCACCGGCUGCGCACGCAAAGGUUAUCCAGGAGUUUACACGAGGGUAGCUACCGUUCGCGAUUGGAUAAAGAAGGUUUCAGGAGUGUAGACAAUAUAAUGAUAGUAAGUCAGUUCGUUUUAAAAUCAGAUUGCGAUAAAAGUAUACACAAUCAUGACAUUAAAACAAACUGACUUAGAAGAUCCGCAAGUAUUAAAUAUGUCUUAAAUGCCUAGUGGAACGAUUGUACAUAAAAUAAAGGUGCUGUUUACA